UAACGCACUGAAUGCGCAGAUAGGGACCAAUUUGUGUCAGUCUCGUUCUGUGAAGAUCAGACCAGAGCAGCAGCGGUGCAGACGCAAUAGCAGUGGAAGAAGGAGUAGCAUACUAUAAGGAAGGAAAAAGACUAGAUAGCCACACAGCUCUCUCUGAAGAAGGUGGCAUUGCCUUCCUUUCUCCUCCUGGAAUCCAGAUAUGAAGUGAAGGUUAAAAUGUUCUGAGCUUCUGUCAACCCUCGGGAGUUCGGUUGGUCCAUUCACAGGUAGACUAGUAUCAACAAACCGAUACAGAUAACGCGAAAACGUACAUUUUUGUUGUUUUUGGUUGUUGUUGUUGUCCUGAAAGCAAAGCCGGAGGAUUCGAGAACGGAGUGAUAUCGUCCAGAAUCUCUCUCCCAUCUACAACCGUCGAGAUGAAUACCAACGACGCUAAGGAGUAUCUCACCAGGCGGGAGAUACCUCAACUGUUUGAGAGCCUGUUGACAGGGUUGAUGUACUAUAAACCAGAGGACCCUAUAGACUACCUGGAGGUGUGUCUAAAGAAGGUGAGGGAGCUCGGGGGACCAGACAGGGUCCGGUGGGACACAUUCGUCGGCCAGGAGAAGAAGUCCCUUCCCCCCCUCAACGGAGGACAGUCACGUAGGUCCUUCUUCAGAAACGUGCUCCCAGACAGUCCCAACUUCCCAUACCGGCGCUACGACCGCCUCCCUCCCAUCAGCCAGUUCUCCAUUGAGAGUGAUUCAGACCUGUCGGAGACCGCUGAACUCAUCGAGGAGUACGAGGUGUUCGACCCCUCCAGACCACGACCCAAAGUCAUCCUCAUCAUCGGAGGGCCAGGCAGUGGUAAGGGAACCCAGAGUCUGAAGAUAGCAGCGUGCUAUGGGUUCCAGUAUGUCUCUGUAGGAGAGCUGCUCAGGAAGAAGAUGAUUCACAACGCCACCAGCAACAGGAAGUGGAGUCUCAUCGCCAAGAUCAUCACCAAUGGGGAGCUGGCACCUCAGGAGACCACCAUCACUGAGAUUAAACAGAAGAUCAUGAAGAUUCCAGACGCUAGCGGGAUCGUGAUUGAUGGGUUCCCUCGUGACGUGGGACAGGCGCUUUCUUUUGAGGACCAGAUCUGUACUCCAGACCUGGUCGUGUUCCUGUCCUGUGCUAACCACCGUCUGAAGGAGCGCCUGGAGAAGCGAGCAGAGGCGACGGGUCGUCCUGAUGACAACCCCAAUGCAACAGAGCGCCGCCUCACCAACUUCAAACAGAACACCAUCCCCUUGGUCAAAUACUUCCAGGAGAGGGGACUCAUCGUCACGACCGCUGCGCCACUUGAGAGCUCCAAGGGGGAGAGCAUCAAGAGGGAGAGCUCCAAGAGGGAGAGCUCCAAGAGGGAGAGCUCCAAGGGGGAGAGCUCCAAGAGGGAGAGCUCCAAGAGGGAGAGGGGAGAGCUCCAAGAGGGAGAGCUCCAAGAGGGAGAGCUCCAAGAGGGAGAGCUCCAAGAGGGAGAGCAUCAAGAGGGAGAGCUCCAAGAGGGAGAGCUCCAAGAGGGAGAGCUCCAAGGGGGAGAGCUCCAAGAGGGAGAGCUCCAAGGGGAGAGCUCCAAGAGGGAGAGCUCCAAGAGGGAGAGCUCCAAGGGGAGAGCUCCAAGAGGGAGAGGGGAGAGCUCCAAGAAGGAGAGCUCCAAGGGGAGAACUCCAAGAGGCGAGAGCUCCAAGGGGGAGAGGGGAGAGCUCCAAGAGGGAGAGCUCCAAGAGGGAGAGGGGGAGAGCUCCAAGGGGGAGAGCUCCAAGGGGGGGGAGAGCUCCAAGAGGGAGAGGGGGAGAGCUCCAAGGGGGAGAGCUCCAAGAGGGAGAGGGGGAGAGCUCCAAGGGGGAGAGCUUCAAGCCUAG